CUCGACGAGCUCGGGGCCUGUGUGUGUGUCGCGGCGAAUCUCUUUCUCUCUUUGAAGUGCGUUAGACAGGCGUCCGAUAAUCGUGAGUCUUGGCGUGCCAACGGUCACUGCGUGUUGGGGAGCCCGCGGUGACAGACACCACCACCAUCUCAGCCCUCCCCCUCAAACUGCAUUCGCAUUGCAUGGCGUCCUGCUUAGGACGAUGACGGGCAUCUGUUCGAAUUCAUUCUCAACUUCGAACGCAACACUUGGCCUGGAACUUGCUGCGUUGGCUUCUCCUUCAUUCUUUUUUUCUUCACUCUCAUAUAGAGUCGACGUGUCUUAGCCCCUUCCCUUUUCUUUAGAGGUCCUGGCCAUUGAAAGGUAAACCGAAAGCAACCGGCGAGAAACAGAGGCAAAACAUGGGGUUUACCGACUUUGUGCGAGACACGUUUGCGUGGAAGGCGAUCCGAAUGGCCACGGGGGGCCGGUCCCCCGCCUUCCAGUACUUUGACGAGCGCCAUCCCCUGAUCCGCCAACGAUACACCGAAAAGGUCUAUGAUCGAGCCGCCUCGGCAUUUUCUUAUGCAUCAAGACAUACUGAGGUACGGGGACAGUCGCUGGACUAUGGGAAGGGAGCUGACAACGAGUUCGCCAACCAGACGAUAAGCCGCACGACGUGGGAGAAGUAUGGAAUCGAGAACAGAAGGGGGCUGCAUCUCGUCGAGUUCUUGCCGAACGAUCCGGAGAACCCGCGAAACUGGUCCGGCUUUAAGAAGGCCGUGGUCAGCUUCGAGUUGUGCCUUCUGAUCAUCGCCGUAUACGCCGGGGCAUCCAUCUAUACCGUGGGGGUCCACGGGGUCCAGGUGCAUUUCGGCGUCUCGGACGUUGUCGCCCUCCUUGGGUUGACGGUCUUCGUCCUGGGAUAUGGACUCGGCCCCAUGGUCUGGAGUCCGUUAUCCGAGGUCCCCCAAAUAGGCCGAAACUCCGUUUACAUCCCCGCCCUCAUCAUCUUCACCCUCGCCCAGAUCCCGACUGCGCUGGCCACCAACAUCGGUAUGCUCCUCGGGUUCCGCUUCGUCGCCGGCUUCUUCGGGUCCCCGAUCCUCGGAUCUGGCGACGGCAUACUGACGGACCUUUACGCCACGCGGAAGCACACCUAUGUGAUGGCAAGCUUUGCGCUCCUUGGCAUCUGCGGGCCCACGCUAGGUCCCAUCAUCGGCGGUUUCGCGGUACAGGUUAAAGACUGGACAUGGACCGCCUGGAUCAUCUGCUGGUUCAGUGCAUUCAUCCUCAUCGUCCUGAUCUUCUUCCUCCCCGAAACAAGCGCCGACAACAUCCUCUACCGGCGGACUAUGCGUCUCCGAAGGGCCACCGGCGACUUAGGCUUUGUCUGCGAGGCGCAGCUCAAGGCGGACAGCAUGCGAGGCGCCGAGGUCCUCAAGGUGCACCUCGUCCGACCCUUCACGCUAGUGCUGACGGAGCCGACCGUCUUCUUCGUCAACAUGUACACCUCGCUCACGUACGGCCUCAUGUACAUCUGGUUUGAAGCCAUGCCGCUGGCCUACAAGAUGGUAUACCACUUCGAUACCGGAACACAGAGCCUGGCGCUCCUGGGGCUCAUUGUCGGCGUUUUGGUCACCAUCCCUCCAUUCUUCCUCUAUUAUCGGUUGCGUCUGGAGCCCAGAUACAACCGUAACGGGAACAUCGAGCCGGAAAAGCAUCUCCAUGCCGCCAUGAUUGGGUGUCUGUUAAUACCGGCCAGUCUGGUCUGGUUCGGAUGGACUGCGAAGCCCUCGAUCCACUGGGCGAUCCCCAUCGUCGGCUCCGCGUUCUUCACGGCCGGUGCCCUGCUGCUGUACAUUUCGUUCCUGAACUAUCUCUCGGAGUCGUACCCGGACCACAUCGCCUCCGUCCUCGCCGGGAACGAACUGUUCACCAGUAUGUGCGGGGCGACGUUCCCUCUGUUGAUACCGAUCUUGUACUACAAGUUCCAAGUCCUUGGUUCGAGUAUGAUCCUGGCCAUCUUCGCCGUCGCGUUUGUGCCUCUUCCCUAUAUACUCUACAUGCGGGGCUCCAGACUUAGGAGACGCAGUCCUUAUGCCAAGACAGGAUAGAUAGGCUUGGGUCGGGUAAGUAGCGAGAACAGGGCUCUGGUAGCAAUAUUUCGUCUGGAG